CUACUCAGUGUAUUUCGAAUCACUGACCCUGUGAGUGACUCCUCAUCAUCUUAGGAACGCAUUUUCCCAUGGAUUUUCUACAGAUCUGAACUGUGAGAAAAUCCUGGAACGUAAAAGAUAAUAUUAGUUGUUGCGUCUGUGGCUAUGGGGAAUUGAGCCUGUUGUCAGCAAGAAAAUGUCCAGUUGGAGGUGGUUUCUUUUUCAAGCUAUGUGGAGAAAAAGUAAGAGAGUUGAUUUUGACCUCAGAGAAAGAGCACAUUUCCAAAAUCGCACGAAUACACCGGGGGACGAGCAUCACGGAUAGCGGAGAGGAUUAGGCACGCAGGAGCGCGCAGGAGCGCACAGAUAUUUAUCCAAAUGGAUAAUAGCACUCUCUCCUUCAACAUGGAUGGCUACAACUGGACAUCGAUAUCUGAGAAUGUCAGCGUGUCUUCCUUCCAGCCCCACCCAACCAACACCACAGACAAUUCCACGGAUGUGCACCCACCAAUGCCCUUCAGUGUGGCCACUGCAGUCAUCUACACUAUUGUCUUCAUUGUGGGUUUUCUGGGUAACACACUGGCUAUAUAUGUGCUGGUGCGCCAUGCCAAGAUGAAGACAGUAACUAACAUGUACAUCCUAAAUCUAGCCCUGGCGGAUGAACUCUAUAUCCUGGGAAUUCCCUUCCUGGGUACUAAUAGUGCGCUUUCCUACUGGCCAUAUGGGGAUUUCUUAUGCAAGGUGUGCAUGACUGCUGAUGCCAUGAGUCAGUUCACCUCCACCUUUUGUCUGACAAUGAUGAGCAUCGAUCGCUAUCUUGCUGUGGUUUAUCCCAUUCGUAGCACCAGAUGGCGGAGGCCACAGGUGGCCAAGGUUUUCACUGGCGUGGUGUGGGUCGUGUCCUUUCUGAUUGUGCUGCCGGUCACAAUCUAUUCACAUGUACAGAAGGAGUUCAACACCUGCAACAUAACCUGGCCUGCUCCACGUGAAUUGUGGUCCAUUGUCUUCAUCCUCUACACAUCCAUCCUGGGCUUUUUUGGUCCUCUCUUUGUCAUCUCCCUCUGCUACCUGCUCAUUGUCAUCAAGAUGAGGUCGGCAAGUGUGCGUGCAGGCCUGACUAAGCGGCGGAGGUCAGAGCGCAAAGUGACGCGCAUGGUGGUGAUCAUCGUGUUGGUUUUUGUGCUUUGCUGGCUGCCCUUCUUCAUUGCCAACAUUGUCAACUUGAUUCAUACCAUCCCUGAGAACAGUACUACUGCUGCAGUCUACUUCUUCCUGGUCAUCCUCACCUACGUCAACUCCUGCGCCAACCCAGUCCUCUAUGGCUUCCUCUCUGACAACUUCAAGCAGAGCUUCCAGAAGGUGCUCUGCUUCCACAAAGCAAAAGGUGUUGGCACACUACACAAGAUGGGAAGUAGACAGACUACACCCAAGUCUCUUCAGAUGGAGGUUAUUGGGAACCUUGACAGCGAGCCUUUCACUACAAAGACAGUGAAUAACCAUGAAUUGCAAUGAGCUGAAACCAUGUACUAGUGAACUACUACACAGAACUUAGAGGAUUUACCCAUGGACCUUUGAUCGUUUGGAGUUUUCUAACCUUAAUGCUGAUCCUCCCUUUGGAACAUUUAUGGAAAUGACCAGAGAGGUAACGUAGAAGAGAAAACUACAUGCAGCAUUCAUCACAGUGCCUGGCAUUUGUAUUCAUGUAGUCACACUGAUACCACAUGGACUGCAAUGUACAAAGUGUAAUGAUGUAAGAAACUAUUUCUCUAAAUGCUCAAAUAGCUCCACAGAGAACUAAGCUUUUAUUGUGAAACACAUGCAUACUAGAGCCAUUUUUGUUUCUAAAUUCUUUUUUAUAUUUCAUGAUGUUUUAUAAAGAAUCAUUGUUUUCUGAUUUGCUUUUGUUUUAUUUGCUGAUGUUUCUAUAAAUGCAUACCCAACAAUUCCUAAAGGUUUAUCUGUUGCCUUGACAAAUUCACUGUAAUGUACAUUUCAUGGCUCUCAGAGACACAUGCAGAGAGUUAACUACAAGCUACAAAACACCAAAUAACUGGAAUUAACCAGUGGAUUAGAUCAAUAUAUCUGCUAAAGUGACAGUUCAACAUUUUGGGAAAUAUGAUUAGUAACAUUCUGGCUGAAAAUUUGAUCAUCCAUUAAAUAUAAUGCUACAACCAGCAAACAGUUAGCUUAGCUUAGCAUAGCUCUAAAACUCAGUAAUUAACACAGUAUGAAAACCACAGAUUGCAGUCACAUUUUCCAAGCUCUAUUCAUGUGUCACUGUGAUGACUAUUCAUUUAUCUCAAUUUAUUAAAUAUGCUGCACAAAGGUUUGAGUAUUUCAUAUCAAAAUCCAGCUAUUUCCUUGCUGAGUAGAUAGUAGUUAGCUCCUGGGUUGCUAGUACAGCUUACAACACAUUUCUAAAGCUAAAUGCAACAACUUCUGUUUUAUUGUGACUGUUGAGCUCAUCUACUGUAACUCUCUGCUAGAAAGCAAACAAGCCCCCCCCCCCCCCCCAAAAAAAAACUGAACUAUGAAGAGAGCAAAUGAGUGAUUACAUUAUACUGAAUUUAUUAUGCAAGUCAUGUUAGUACAGGUAACUUCCCCCUGCUCGGUGGCUUUUUAUUAGGCCCUGGGUUUAUAUUCACACCAGCUAAAACCCAAGGUAAAUGUUUUUUUAUCCAUUGUUCUUUCUUAACUUUUGAAUUUACAGUAUUUAGUGUGGAUUUCCAGAACAAAAGUGAACAUCUGUGCCGAGUACAGGCUGGAAGUCCCAAAGUCAAAAUGGGAUGCACCCCCAAAGGU